AUGAAGAUUAUUGCAUUUCUCUGUGUUGUGAUUGCUUUGUCAUCAGCCACCGAAGCCAUCGACCUCUUUAAUACAGUACAAACAACGUAAUACUUAGUUACCGAAAACAGAUUUCGGAAGAACAAUAUUGCAAACAGUCCAAAUGGAAUUAUCAAAUGGAUCAGCAGUAGAUUCAGUAGUUGACUCAUUGAAUGAAAUAUUAAAUUCAGCUGAAUAAGAAAAAGGAGCUAUUCAAGCUAAUUUGAGAAACAGACAAGCUUAAUGUCAAACAAGACAAGAUGAUGCUUAGAGUGUUAUUGAUAGAGCAAAUGCCAAGAGAGCUGAUGAUGAGAGAAAACGUAUGUUUGCAUUCAUAUCCUAGUACCAUUACUCAAUGAGGAAUUGAUUAAUAAAUAGGAAUAAGCAUUAGUGAAAGACUCUGAAGAACAAAGAAACAAUGACAAACUUGCACUCAUUACGGCUACAAGAGAAUAACAAAAACAAGAAUACUAAGAAAGAAGAAAUGAAUUAACUAACUAUGUGGCAGCUUUGGGAGAAGCCAAAUCAAUCGUUUCUGGAUUAGGUUCUGUUAGCUUCUUGCAAGUCAAUUCAAAUGAACACUAUCUCAAAUUCAGUAUACCUCUUAUGCAUUAUUUUUAGAGGAAGCACAUCCAACACCCAGAGGUUAUGGCAUCAUGGUUGAAUUGUUAUUAAAAGCAUCAGCUCAAGCAAAAACUCCAGAAUAAGUUGAGAGACUCGUUGCUACAAUUCAGGGAUUAAUUGAUUCCAUCUAUGAACUCCAAAAAUAAGAAUUAUUGGUUGAUGAUGCAAGAGAAGUCGAAUUCAUUAGACAAAGGUAUUUAGUAUAACUUAUAGAUAGAGAGAUCUUACUCUUAGCCAAUCAGACUUUGGCUGCAUCUGUUGCAGAAUUGAAGGCUUAAGUCUUGCAUUUACAAUAAGACAUUGUUGAAGUUACCAAUGAUGUUAACACCAACAAAUAAAUUGCAGCCAUCAAAACUAAGGAACUUAAUGAUUGGGUCAAAACUUGCUCAGACGAAGAGAAGAAUCUCAGAGCCAUCUUUGAUAGCAGGUAAUUCAGUGUAUCUAAUCUUUUAGAGUUGGAUAAGUGGAAACAGUCAAUCAAAUACUCAUAAUAUUCAAUUCAGGUUUAAGUUAAGAAUUAAGAAAGUCAAUUGCAGAAAUAUAACUAAAUUGAUAACAUAAAAUCAAUAUCAUAAAUAGG